CUACGUGCGCGGAGAUGGGUUUACGCCCCGGGCGAGGGUGCCGGUCCCGGCUGUCCCCAGAGAUCCGGGGCCGAGGCAGUUUUCAUCUUUUCCCUGGGUCCUGCUCUGUCACCUCUUAACGUGUGAUUUAAGUCUGUUUGGGGUGAUGUGCACAGGAGGUAAGCACCGCCCGUCUCAAGUUUUGGCUGAGUACACGUGCGGAUAAUUCGUAUAGGGCUAAAGUACGACUUCUCAGCUGUAUGAUAUUAAGAGACAGUCUUUUGUUAUUUGUACGACCAGAUCAGCAGAAAUUUUUAAAUUGUUUCGGAAUGACUAGGACCUGUCCUGUGUUUUCUUCCAUCUAUGGCACAUCUGUUGGAAAAAUGCUGUACCUGCCCAGUAGACAUCUAUUAAAUGAUGUAGUUACUCCUGAAAAGCGUGCUGCAGUUUCUCUAGGUGAUUUUGUCGUUGGAAACAAAGGCAGCAGUAGACAAUACCUCCUCCUUAAAGGCAGGAGGAACCUGGGGGUGAAGUGAAUUCUGAGGACAGAAGAAUUUGAUGACACAGACCACUGAACUUCUUUGUUGGGAGCACACGUUAUGAACCCUUUCUGGAGCAUGUCUACAAGCUCUGUGCGCAAACGGUCUGAUGGUGACGAGAAGACAUUAACAGGGGAUGUGAAAACCAGUCCUCCACGCACCGCUCCAAAGAAACAGCUGCCUUCUAUUCCCAAAAAUGCUUUGCCCAUAACUAAGCCUACAUCUCCUGCCCCAGCAACACAGUCAACAAAUGGCACGCAUGCUUCCUACGGACCUUUCUACCUGGAAUACUCCCUUCUUGCAGAAUUUACCUUGGUUGUGAAGCAGAAGUUACCAGGUGUCUACGUGCAGCCGUCUUAUCGAUCUGCAUUAAUGUGGUUUGGAGUAAUAUUCAUACGGCAUGGACUUUAUCAAGAUGGCGUAUUUAAGUUUACAGUUUACAUCCCUGAUAACUACCCAGAUGGUGACUGUCCACGUUUGGUGUUUGAUAUUCCCGUCUUUCACCCGCUAGUGGAUCCCACCUCGGGUGAACUGGAUGUGAAGAGAGCAUUUGCAAAAUGGAGGCGGAACCACAAUCACAUUUGGCAAGUACUGAUGUACGCAAGGAGAGUCUUCUACAAGAUUGAUACAGCAAGCCCCCUAAACCCAGAGGCUGCAGUACUGUACGAGAAAGAUAUUCAGCUUUUUAAAAGUAAAGUGGUUGACAGCGUUAAGGUGUGCACUGCUCGCUUGUUUGACCAACCUAAAAUAGAAGACCCCUAUGCAAUUAGCUUUUCUCCAUGGAAUCCUUCUGUCCAUGAUGAAGCCAGAGAGAAGAUGCUGACUCAGAAAAAGAAGCCUGAAGAACAGCACAAUAAAAGUGUUCAUGUCGCUGGCCUGUCAUGGGUGAAGCCUGGCUCAGUACAGCCUUUCAGUAAAGAAGAGAAAACAGUGGCGACUUAAGAGCUGGUGAAUCGGGUGCACCGCGCACUUUCCUGCCGGACUUCGGCUCGUGAAGCUGACCAAUGCGAAGGACUGCCCGCAGAGUAAAACAUUGUGAACGGUGGCUGACGUCGGUGUUGUUCGUGUGUGCUUAGCUUCUAACCGCACGUUCUGGAAACCUCUCUUUACGUGAUGCAUUACUUCUGUCAGGAGUGUCUUUAAGGUGGUUAUCUAGUUCAGUACUCCAAAUUAUUGGGGACCUUGAAGCUUACGUAUUUUUUUGAAUAUAAUGCUAAAGGUAAGUUGCAUUCAUUUAAACUAAUGAAGUAAGCAAAGUUCAACACUAUAAUGAUUUUUUAAUUGGUGGUUUCAGCUGUACAUAUGUUAGGGUGCAGAGAUGAAAGGAUAGAGAGAGCAGUUUCCAUAGCUUAUUAGCACUUUUAAGUGGAGGAGCAGUUGAAUGAAUGAACCUCAGUCUUCAGCUUACUGUGUUACUGAUAUACAAACUGCUGUCACUGAGGGACAUACUAGGAGAGUGAGAGGAAACCAGAACACUUGUUCUUAGGGGUUUUGUUUUUUUUUUUUUUGAGCAAAUUACUGUAUUUUUAUGGCAGGAGGGAGAAAAAGUGUUAAAACGGUUUCUAAUGAAGUCAGAUUUAAAUGAUGAAUGACUAGUGUGUUUUGUAGAGACAAUAAAUCAAUGAAUGAUUGUUCUUUGUCAUUUA